UAUGAUUAGAGAGUGUGCCAUUCACUAUUGGCAAAUUCAUCCAGGCAGACGAAUCUAAUUUUCAACAAUGUACUGGAACGCUUUAUCAGCGAUCUUCUUACUUUCUGCUGCCUCAGCUCAAACACAGUCAGCUUACAACUUCCGCACGAUGAAAUCAUUCGGUGUCAAUUUGGGUAGUUGGCUGUCACUUGAACGAUGGAUCUAUCCGUCCUUAUUCCAAACAUAUGCUCCCAAUGCCACUGAUGAAUGGACAUUUUCUGAACAGGCUGAAAACCCGGCAGCAGCGCUACUAAACCACUGGAAUACAUUCGUCGAUGAAGAUCUUAUCGCUCUAUUCGCCGGCGUGAAUGGCAAUCAUUUGCGCAUUCCGGUCGGCUACUGGGCUUUCAUUCAACCCGAUCCGAAUGAGCCAUAUGUUAGCGCCGGUCAACAGGCUCAGUUGGAACGUGUUCUCGGCUUAUGUGAUAAGUACAAUUUAUUCGCUAUUAUCGAUUUGCAUGGCAUGCCUGGUUCUCAGAACGGCGAACAUCACAGUGGUCGCACCGGUUCGGUCGAAUUUUAUUCGGACUACAACAUGGAACGGAGUCGCCGAACUAUACAGGCUGUCGUUAACUGGAUGAACAAUUUAAGUCCGGUUUUGAAGAGUCGAAUUUCUGCCAUUCAACCGGUCAACGAACCGCAUGUCGAAACAAGUGCGGACUUUGAAAAGUUGAAAAGAUUUUAUUUGGAUUCAUUCGAAAUAAUUUCGGCCUCGCCAUAUAAAGUGGCAAUGAUGUUCGGAGAUGGUUUCCAGGGACUGGAUGCAUUUACCGAUUUUUUGCUUCCAACCGACAACGCUGUCAUAGACUUGCAUCCGUAUUUCACAUUUCCGCCAUCGAACAAUGUGAACAAAACGGCAAUUGUCGAGGGCAUAUGUAGUCGACUGACCAUUCAAGACAAUUUUCAUCUACCCGUAUUCUAUGGCGAGUGGUCUGUUUCAUCUGGCAUACCUAACAACGACAUGGACUGGUUCCGAACAAUGAUGGAUUCGCAAGUGUAUGCGUACAAAAAUGGUGGCGUCGGUUUCACGUUCUGGACGUUGAGGAACGAGGCGGUCGCCAACGAAUUGUGUGGCGUUCCAGGGCAGUCCAGUUACAAUUGCUUCGAAGGAAUUGCGUGGUCGAUGGAAAAGCUGAUCAAUGCAGGCGUUGUUACUGCAGACACAUUUGAAAAAUCUUUGAAUCAACAGUGCGUCAGCUCUUCAACGUCGAAUCCAAAUCUGGCGUUUACGUAUGGACAUAGCAUGUUGCUUGUCAUACUUUCGUUAUUCCUUACUCUAGAGGCUGUACUGUUUAUACCUAACAGUGGACCAUGAAAAACGUUGAUAAACCGAAAGAG